UUGUUUUAAUUAAAUUAAAGCCAAAGCAUCAAACUAUAAUAAUUUAAUUAUUUAUUGGUGAAAAAUUGAACAAAAACGGUUUAAUUACAUUUUAGGUAAAGAUGUCUUUUCUUCUCGUAGAGUUUUUGGGUAAUAAAGAGGGAAAAUUGGCGGUAGUACAUGACAAUUGGAUGACCCCUUUUAAAACACAAGUUUUUUGGCCGCCAUAUAAACAGAAAUCCCAGUUUAAUAAAGCCCUACUUAAAGGUGAAGAGGCCAAGGACACGUGGGAACUAUUUAAAAUAAAAAGAUGUUUUUACACUUCGGAUGAAGGUAAUGAAGGGUUGCUCCCUCGUCCCCCAAAAAUAGGUGAGUUCAAAAGAAGAACUUUAGAAGAGGGCAUUAAAUUAGGUUGUACCUCAAUUGGAGACAUUGAAAUUGAAAAUAAUCCUGCAACACCGAAAUCUUCACGGAUUCAAAUCCUGGAAGAAUCAGCUUUUAAUAAAAGGAUCAUAACUUUGUUAGAAACAAUUUCAGAGCAAAAUAAAAGAAUUUUGUCAAAUAUUGAGCGAAAACAGCAGCCUGCCAAUAUUGGGCCUUCUUUACCUGAGCUGCCAGUGCAAUUGCCAGUAAAAAACCUAGUUGAUUUGCAGCUUCUGGACAAUUAUUUAAAAGGAAAUGCCGACCAGUCUUCUGCUUUAAGCUCCUAUUUGGCAAUAUUGGGGGGUAAAGAUAUAACAAAUAAAAUUACUCGAGUCUUAAAAUAUCUGGUAGUGGAUAAGGUGGCAAAAUUUUUUAACUUUUAUGGAAAGAGGUCCAAAAAGGAGGCUUUUUGCGACCUGGCGUUAAGGAACAUUAUAAUUCGUGCUAUCAAAUCUACUGAGCCGCAAGCAGACGACAGCGCGAUAGAGGGGGCCAUAAAAGUCUGGUUAAAACACGCCCCUGGCCGAUUGGAAAUCAACAAAGAUCCUGCCCCUGCGGAUGAAAACUGAAAAUGUCUCGUCUGGAAAAAAUUAAAUAUAAACACAAAAUGUUCGUCGGGAAGCGACAGUUAUAUCGGAGAAUCGCUAACAACGUAAAAUCCGUUUUGGAAACAAUAGAGGAUGGUGAGAAACCAAUUUCAGAUAGUAAUUUUAAUGUAGAUUUAUCACAAAAUAUUCGUAUAAAUGAAACCGUUUCAUUGAUUGAUGAUAAUUUAAUACCCGAUUUAGUUAUACAUAGCGAUGUAGAUGCGUUAGUUGAAACUUCUAGCGUUUUAAGCAACUUGAACAAUAACCAUGAAAUGUUAGAGUUAGAUACAAAUAACUUUUCAUACCUUGAAGUUGUAGUAGAUGAUAGGCACGAUCAAAUUCGGUCAAGUACGUUAAACUUCACUGCGAACUUGAGACACUGGGCACUUAAGCAUAAAAUAUCGCACUUAGCCCUAACUGACCUACUGCAUAAUCUAAGUUUCAUACAUAAAGAACUUCCUUUAGAUGCAAGAACUUUGCUAAAAACACCCAGACAGAAUCGUGUUACUAGUAUGUCUUUAGGAAAUUAUUAUUAUUUUGGUUUAGCAGAUUGCAUAAUGAAAACUUUGACAGGCGCAUCAUACGAAGACCUGAGUAAAUUGAAAAACACAAAAUUACAAAUAAGCUUUAAUGUUGAUGGAUUACCAUUGUUCAACAGUUCCACUUUACAGCUAUGGCCUAUUCUUGGUCUAGUAAAAAUUUUUAAAUCUAUUCCUUUUGUGGUAGCAUUUUUUUGUGGAAGGUCAAAACCACCCAUAGAAGAAUUUUUUCAAGAUUUAAUUAAGGAAAUGGAGCAUUUGUUCCGUGAAGGAGUGCAAAUACAGGACAUAGUAUAUCAAAUAGAAAUUCACAGUUUUAUCUGUGAUGCUCCAGCAAAGGCUUUUGUGAAGUGCAUCAAAUCACAUGGUGGUUAUUCUAGCUGUGAUAAGUGUGUUGAGUCCGGUGACUAUUUCAAAGGUAGAGUUAUUUUAAGAAGCACAUCCUGUAAUAAAAGAACUGAUCAGUCAUUUUUACGUCAGCAAGACGAAGAUCAUCAUACCGGGACGUCUCCAUUAACCCAAUUAAAAAUAGGUAUGAUGAGUUGUUUUCCGAUUGACGCUUGCUGUCUGGGUGUUUGCCGCAAAUUACUAAACCAGUGGAUUGGUGGCAAUUUAGAAACGCGAUUGCCAGCUCGUGUCGGAAAGAAUUUUGCUAUGUAAACCUCAUAUACCCCAAGAAUUCAAUCGAAAACCACGUACUCUAGAUGAAUUACAGAGAUGAAAAGCAUCAGAAUUUAGAACGUUUCUCUUGUAUCUUGGUCCCGUAGCUUUAAAAAACCUGGUCUGUAAGGCCAUUUUUGAAAAUUUUUUGCUUUUUCACUACGCAAUUCCUAUUUGUAUUUCAAAAACUCAUCUUUUAAAUUUAGGGUAAAAUAUACCAGAUACAUUGCUUCGAACCUUUAUUAAUCACUGUGAUGCUCUUUAUGGCAGACAAUUUUUAAUUUACAACGUUCAUGUAUUAUGUCACCUAGUCUGUGAUGUAAAGAAAUAUGGACCACUUAAUGAGUUUUCGGCUUUCCCGUUUGAGAACUUUUUAGGUUUUCUAAAAAGCUUAGUUAAAUCUCCAGCAAAACCGCUGGAGCAACUAGUUAGAAGAAUUAAAGAGGGACAAAAACCUUACUAUAAAACGAUGAGAGCUUAUCAAAAUAUUAGAUAUUUGAUAGAGCACAAUUCUGGUCCCAUGCAUUUCAGUUGUAAUAAACUUAAAAAAAUUCAACAAUUUAAAAAACUGGAAUUCAAAGAUUUUACCCUCUGUGUUAGAUCUCAUAGCAAAGCGGACUCCUAUGUUAUUCUCAACAACAAUGUUGUUGCUGAAGUACACAAUAUUAUUUUAGAUGAAAAACAAAAAACAUUAUUCCUAGGAAAACAUUUUCAGUCAUAUGACUCAUUUUAUAAUUACCCAUUCCCUUCUGAAAAUUUAAAAAUUCGCACUGUACAGUUUUUAUCGGAUGAACUGCAAGUUUGGUCUCUAAGUGAGAUCGAGUGCAAGGCUAUAGUACUUCCAUUUAACGAUCAUUGGGUUUCAUUUCCAUUAAUUCACAGCCUAUGAUAAUGUGACAUAAUGAAAUUAAAACCCAAUGUUUGAACAUGAAAUAGAAUGGUAAUGGAAACAUAUAUGCUAUACAUAUAUUAAGUACUUGGUAUACUAUAGCAGCUAUAGUAUAGCUUUGCAUUCAAUGAUAGUUAGCAUAUAGCACAUAUUAUUUUAAAAGACAUUUGUCUAUGAAUAUUUUUUUAAUUAUUAUCUGAAAUUGGUUUCUAGAAACUAGCUAUUAAUCGCAUUAAAUUAAUGAUAUUUAUUAUCAAAGAAAAAC